UGUGUGGAGAGCAGCGUAAUGGCUGUCACAGUAAGAGUUGUCUGGAACUCAAGCUGAUAGAACUGGAAAUGCUCCUUUCAAUGUUUCCCAAAAAAGGGGAAGUAAAUCCCAAUGAGGACGCUGUCCCCAGCGUGCAGCGCUACCUGAGAAACACUGAUGAAGUUCUGCCCCCGCAGCUCGAAUAUUCAGUCGCUAUUGAUGUAGGAGAGGCAAAGGGAAAAGUGGAACUGCAGGUACUGCUGCCUUGUACGUACCCCCAUGUAGCUCCUCAGCUUUUCACAAGAUCAGAUGCGCUGCACAGACAGCAACAGCUGGAAAUCAACACUCAUCUCGCUUCUCACAUGAGCUCUUUGGAUUCAGGUGAGCUGUGUGUAUGUGAAGCUGUGCAGUGGCUGAAAGACAACAGCCUGCCUUACUGGGAAAACAGCAAGAUCUCUUCUAAAAGUGCCUCAGAAAAAGUGGCAGUUAAAGAAGUUGUGUCUAUGUGGAUCUACAGCCAUCAUAUAUAUAGGCAGGAACUGAGGAAAAAGAUUUUUGACUGUGCAAAGAAAUUAAAUCUGACUGGCUUCUGCCUGACAGGGAAACCUGGUGUCAUCUGUGUGGAGGGACUGUGAGAACACUGUAAAGAGUUCUGGCGGGUUAUUAGGUAUCCCAACUGGAAGCAUAUUUCAUGCAAGCAUGUGGAGAACACAGAAACAGAGGGAAGCAUCAACGAUCUUCGGCUCUUUCGUGCUUUCGAAGACCUGCAGUUUCAGGCACAUGGUGAUUAUGUCCUGAGGAAUGACUACCACAUAGAUCUUGGCCAGAUCCUAGAAUUCCUGAAACAGCAUCAAAGUGGACACAUUUUUCACAUCUUAUUUGAUGUGAUGUUGAAGGCAAACUUUCAGACAAGAGAAACUUUGGAAGGAAUUCUAAUUUUGGACAGCAAAAGAUUACUCUAACAUUGAAAUACUGUGCCUUACAGCUACCGUGAAAAGGGAAACAGUUUAACAUACAAAAAGAAUAGUCAAAUAGUUCAUUUUAGCUUCUCUUCAGAUUUGCCCCGUAUCUCUGAGAGGUGUUUGCUUAUUUUCUGUGACCCUAGAAUUGGCAUUUGUCACUAUGAGCCAUACCCCAAAGUGCUUGCAAGGUGAUAAACAUUCCACACUGUAUCCUUAAUUUACACGCUGCUGUCUUGUCAUAUCUGCUGUGUGUUAUUAAGUUGCAGUGCAGACCUGUAGUUAACUUCUGCAUACAGUUGUGGGAUACCAAAGUGCCUGCAGUCACAGCUGAGCGUGGUUGCCAAUAUAAAAGCACACACAGCUCAAGGAAAUCUCACUGCUGCAUUCAUGGGUUAGUGUCUUUUGCUGCUUCACAAAGCAUCUGCUCUCACUUCAUUCAGCUAAUCCAUGAAAUGCAAAGGCUUAUGUCCAAGCACGGGAACAAGUUUUACUUUUUAAAUAAAGGGUGGGGGGAAGGAGGAAGAAGCCCAUGUCACCCCAUUCCUUGUACACUUUAGGUAGUACCUAUGUAGUUAUAUUGCCAAUACCAGCAUUGUUGCAGUCCUCUUCCUAUCAUCUCAUUACACGGUCUGGUUACGUUAAUAGUAGUUUUUCAGCUGCCCAACUCAUGGCAUUUUAUAUUUACAUUAUUAGGUCAAGCACCUUUGAAAAGAAAAUGUGUAAAAUGAGACAAAACUUAGUGUUUCCUCUGUUUUUUCUCUAUGUUACAUAAGGAAAUACAUGUAAAAUACGGAAAAAUGAAAGCCCUAUAUAUAUUUUAUAUAUUAAAUAAAAAUACAUGUAAUU